GUUUGAGGAGAGGAAAGAGAAAGAAAAGGAGCUAGCGUCACUGUGAGAGAUAGAGGUUAGACUGAGUGACUGUUUGGGAACUGAGAGAGGAGAAAGAGUUGUAAACAUUUUAGCCCGGAGGCUGGACAGGAGGAGGGAUUUCCCUGACUUUGUGCCUUUUUCAAACUUUUUUUUGUGUGUGUGCUUGGAGCUCUACUCUGGGUCUCUCUUUGGGUGUAUGGGAGGUACAGGCAGGGGCUAUGCAGAGUGAGAGAAGUCGGAGGCAGGGGUAGGGGUGACCAAACUGAGGAAGAGGGAGAGAAGUACAAAAAAGCAAAAUACACUGAUGUAAAGGAACCAUGCAAGUGGAUGCUGUCAUUUUUGGACUCAGUUUACGCAAAAUGAGAAACUACUUAAGGAGCACUUCACCAGGGCUCACCCAGCUCAGAAAGGAUGCCAGCUGCUAGCACCAUGACCGGUGGAAGGGCCCUGCUGCUCUGUACAAACACUGACAACUGUAUCUACCAAUCAGUCAACGGGCUCCAGUGCUGUGGCUUGAAGGUCCGAGAGGCUCCGUCAUCUGCGGUGCCCCGGCGCCAAGAGGUGUGUGGGUCACCAGUAACCAGAGACAGGAGGGACCCCAUUGCACCCCCCAAACGUCCCCCCUCACCUUCACUUGGCCUGGGUCCUCCUGACAUCAUGUUGACCCAAAGGAGAUCCUCCACUACCACCGACCCUCGACCUCCAAACAUGGAGAACGGCCUGUGUGGAAAACUGAACAACAACAAGAGUCCAGCAGGUGUCAAGACCGCCAGCAUCCGUGAUAAGAUCUCACAAUGGGAGGGCAAGAAGGAGCCAGCUACACCAGGUUCUACAGGAACAUGUCUACUGAGUACGACACAGAAGGAAACCGAGACAGUAAGGAAAAAGGACUCCAAGGCAUCAGAGGUUCAAAGGACAGACAGCAAGAGGUUUGUUAGCUGGGACAGACAAGACUCAGGGAAGGAAAAUGUUGGAAAGCUGGGGGAUUCAAGGCCUAAAUCUCCAGAGAGCACAACAAAUAAGGACAGAGAAGUGAUCUUAGAGAGAGGAUUUCGAGUUUCCAAGCCAACGGAACAACCCCAAGAUAAGAAAACUGUUUUAACUCAUAUUAAGAAACUGGAGAAAGCUACAAAAGGAGUUCCUGACAGACCUUCACUGGCCUUUCCAGGAAAUUACUUCUGUCCUCCAUCAAAGGAAGAGCAGGAGGAAACAGAAAAGAGGACAAACGAGCCCAUUUUUGGGACUUUUGAUGUGGUUCGAUCUGGUGGAUCACGGAGGCGGAGAGAGGGGGAUCCGGAGAACGUAUACAGUGAGCCAGGCGCUCCGUCUAUAAACCCACUACCUAAACCUCAGAGAACCUUCCAGCACCAUACACCACCCACUACCCCAGCCUCUGGACCUGGCUCGGGGAAGGGAAAGAGGAACUUGCCCCCUUUGCCCUCGAUUCCUCCUCCACCUUUACCCACAUGCCCGCCGCCUGGGGUUUGUAGACGAGCAUGGGCUGACAAACCCCGGGACAGCAGUAACAGGAAGUCCUAUGAAUUUGAGGAUCUGCUCCAGUCGUCUACAGAAAGCUGCAGGGUGGACUGGUAUGCUCAGUCUCGCCUGGGCCUAACACGCACUUUAUCAGAGGAGAAUGUCUAUGAGGACAUAAUAGAUCCUCCAUCCAAGGAGAACCCCUAUGAAGAUAUAGAGUUGGAAAGAAGUUGUUUGGGAAGCAAAUGUGUUUCACCUGUCUCCUCAUCCCCUGUUCCUGAUACUCCAACAAAGCUGUCCUCCAAGCCCGGUUUCUUCCGUCAAAACUCAGAAAGACGAAGCUUCAAGCUAUUAGAACUGCGUAAGACCAACAGGGACACCGGCAUCUCAUCACCCUCACGGAUCAGCCCCCCUUCUACACCCAGCAGCCCUGACGACACCCCCUGCCUCUCUGGAGACCCUUACAACCGCAGACGGAGGAAAAUUCCCAAGGUGGUGUUGAAAAUUAAUGGCAUCUUUGAGGCACGGAGAGGGAAGAAACGCAUGAAGAGAGUGUCUCAGUCCGCAGAGUCCAGCUCAGGGAGAGUUACAGAUGAGAACAGUGAGUCAGAGAGUGACACCGAGGAGAAACUAAAAGCUCACAGCCAGCGGUUGGUGUCGGUCCAGUCCAUGCUGAGGCAGACGGGGCGGUACCGGACCUUGGAAAGGGAUCUGAUGGAGUUGCAGGAAAGGAAACUCUUUGAGUAUUUCAUAGUUGUAGCACUCCACAAAACCAAGGCCGGAGUUCCAUACCUGCCAGAAGUCACACAGCAGUUCCCUCUGAAGCUUGAGAGGAGUUUUAAGUUCAUGAGGGAGGCUGAGGACCAGUUAAAGGUCAUCCCUCAGUUCUGUUUUCCUGAUGCCAAAGACUGGGCACCUGUCGACAACUUCCCCAGUGAAACGUUCUCAUUUGUUCUGACUGGUGAGGAUGGAAGCAGGCGGUUUGGUUACUGUCGGAGAUUACUGCCCAGUGGUAAAGGCCGAAGGCUCCCUGAGGUCUACUGCAUCGUCAGCCGCCUGGGCUGCUUCGACCUCUUCUCUAAGAUUCUGGAUGAAGUAGAAAAGAGAAGGGCUAUCUCUCCUGCCCUGGUGCAGCCCUUCAUGAGAGGCAUCAUGGAAGCUCCUUUCCCUGCUCCAGGAAGGACCAUCACUGUCAAAAACUUCCUCCCUGGCUCUGGGACAGAGGUGAUAGAGCUGUGUCGGCCAUCAGAUUCCCGUCUGGAACAUGUGGACUUUGAAUGUCUGUUUUCCUCUUUGAGUCUCCGUCUCCUUCUCAGAGUGUUCGCCUCUCUUCUGCUGGAGCGCAGGGUGAUCUUCACUGCAGACAAACUCAGUACGUUGUCUCAGUGUUGUCAUGCAGUCGUUGCUCUUCUCUACCCUUUCACCUGGCAACACACGUACAUCCCUGUUCUUCCACCAUCCAUGUUGGAUAUCGUCUGCACUCCUACGCCUUUUAUCGUCGGCCUCCUCUCCAGCUCUCUGCCUCGCCUCAAAGAGCUGCCCAUAGAAGAGGUCCUGGUGGUCGAUCUUGGCAACAGCCGCUUCCUACGACAGCUGGAUGAUGAGGACUCCAUUCUUCCACACAAGUUGCAGGCUGCUCUCGAACAUGUGCUGGACAAGAGGAGGGAGUUGGCCUGUGACAAAGGAGACCUCCCAAAUGACUCCAGCUCCCUCAGCACAGUCGUGUCCGAGGCCUUUGUGCGUUUCUUCGUGGAGAUUGUGGGUCACUACUCCCUUUUCAUGGGUGGAGCAGAGCGAGAAGAUGACUCGUCCGUUUCCUCACCGACCUUGCCCGGUCCCUCCUCAUCGUCUUUUCAACGUGAGGCCUUUCGCAAAGCGGUGACAUCCAAGAGCUUGCGAAGGUUCCUGGAGGUGUUUAUGGAGACCCAGAUGUUCACCGGCUUCAUCCAGGAGAGGGAGCUACGCAGACAAGGCCUCAGAGGUCUAUUUGAGGUGAGGGCACAGGAGUAUCUGGACUCGCUGCCUGGGAGCGAACAACGAGGAGUCAACAAGUUCCUCAAAGGCCUAGGAAACAAGAUGAAGUUCCUUUCCAAGAAAUGACCUUUGGAGUGAGAAUUCCAUCUGUGAAAGUCAGAAAAACAAGCGUGGAAGUCAUAAGGGCACCUUCUGAUGUGGAGAUCCCAAAAUAUGACGGCAAAAUCCAGAUGAAGUGGGUUUAAAUGAAAUGAAGACCCCUGAAGCAAACUGGACUCCAAGUAUCUGGGGACUGUUACAGUUGUGGACCAAAAUUUCCUUAUAAUCUAAUGAAAACAAUAGACUUUGUGCCUGUUAACAAUGUCAAAUGUCAGCUCUUCGUGUUUUAAGGAUAGCAUCAAUUCUUUAGUGUUUUACUGUACAAACACAACGAUGUGUAAUGUCUGUAGGAACAGUGUUCUCCCGUUCUGACUUCACAUAUUAACCUGUGAGGAGCUGCGUCCCUGAAGAUCCGAUUUUGUACAAUAGUUUCUUAUAUAUUCCAAGUAUUUUCUAUAAAAGCUUUUAUAAAUACAGUAGUACAACUUCUUCCACAGGAGGCUUUUUAAGUUAAUUUAUAUGCUCUUUUAGACAAAAUAAUCUCUUUUUUUUUUUCUUCAAAUGAGUGCAAAGAAAUCUCCUGUAGUUUGUUUGUAAUAGGCUUUAUUUAACAGAGUCUAGUCCAGACUGUUUGUAGACCACUUUUGGUUGUCGGGUUUAUGUACCACUGUUACAUAUGUGAAUACAUCUCUCACUUGAGUUUCAGUAGAGGAUUGAUAUGAUGUGUGAGAAUAAUGUGUAUCUUAGAUCAAUCACUAUCAAUGUGUUUCUGAAAAGCAACUAGGAUUGCCUUAAACUUGAUUAAGAAUGAAAUGGAACUUUAUAAAUAAAGUAAUUUGAAACUGAAUUAGA